AUCUUACACAUUCAUACAUUCAGACUGCUGUGUCCCAUACAACAUUUUCCAGUAUUAUUAUCAUUUCGUCGCCCGUUCUGAAGAUGACAUAAUGAAGCUCGCAGCAAUCGCCUGCCACGUGCAUGGGAUGAAACGCUGCAGCAGCCGUAGUUGAUCUGAUUUCCGAACGGCAGGAAACCAAAGUUUGCCGGUUGACUGACGGAUUCCAAAAACCAAGAUUUUAGUCGGACAGCUCUUCCAGAAUAAUGCAACCUUUUGGUCCUGGAUUCUGUAAAGAUACAUUCUGGGAUUCUGCCCAGACAUGGCACACGGCACAUCCCCGCUUAUCGGGUUGCUUCCUGCAGACAGUGCUAGUGUGGAUUCCGAUGGUCUAUGUGUUGAUGAUGCUACCUUCCGACGUACACACCCUUAUCAGCUGCCAAAAAAAGAAGAUGUCAUGCAGUAAAUUAUUACUGCUGAAAAUGAUGCUGAUAACCACUUUGAUCCUGACUGCACUUGUGGAAUUCGUAUUCGUUGUUUCGUAUUGGCAUUUUGAUGGGAGUGUCCACUUUGCCCAGGCAGACCUUUUGGCACCUGUUUUCAGAUUUUCAACUAUGAUGCUAGAACUCAUUUCUGUAGCGAUAGCCGCCAGAUACAGCCAUUUAAACAGCGGGAAGCAUUUCUUCUUUUGGAUGUUAAUGUGCUUAACAACUGCACCUGGUUUUCUUAUGGCGCUGCAUCCUGGCUAUAAGUUGUUUCCAGAUAUAUUUGAAUUUGCUAUGCGGUCUGUAUGGUUGGCCGUCAGCCUACUGCAGUUCGCUUUGAACUUCAUCAACGAAGCAACAACCGCAGAUUGUAAACUGGAACUGGAAAAAUACGCAUCGUUUCCCAGCAGGAUAUUGUUUUCCUAUUGCCACCGUAUGGGCUUUUUGGGAUGGAAAAAAUCAAUUACACAAGCUGAUCUAUGGUGCCUGAUGGAAGACGAAGCGGCACACACUCUCACUAUCGCGCUACAACGCAACUGGAACACUGAAGUCUGCAAAUCUAAAAGAACAGAGCGAUACCAACCCUCACUGAAAAUUGCGCUAUGGAAAACAUUUUGGAAAAAAAUCGUAUUCACCGGCAUUCUGCGGCUGCUUGACGAAGCGUUGGUUUUACUGAUGCCAUUUUUGCUACAAUUGCUUAUCAACUUUAUGGCCGUUGGAGAUUACCAAUGGAAAGGUUAUUGUUACGCUUUUCUUAUCCUGAUCGUCUGCUGCACUCAAACGGUGCUGAACAAUUAUUACCUCAGCAGCUGCUUCCGUUUUGGCAUGUGUCUGAAAAGUGCUAUAAGCUGCUUGAUCUACCGGAAAGCUCUACGCCUGAACAGUUCCGCUAAACAGGAGAAUACGCUUGGCGAGGUCAUCAAUCUGAUGGCGGUGGAUGCGCAGCGUUUCAUGAGUGUGACAGGAUAUCUGCACAGUAUCUGGGCACGACCGAUUGGUGUCGUUCUGGUCAUUUUCUUCCUGUACCUUGUUUUCGGCUACGCGGCGGUUGCCGGCCUAGGCGUGGUGCUGCUAACGCUGCCUGUAAAUGCAUGGCUGUUUCAUCGUGUUGGCGUACUGCAUGGACAACAAAUGGUAUUUAAGGACGACAGAAUAAACCUUAUGGCGGAGAUUUUGCAUGGUAUGAAGUUACUGAAGCUGUAUGCCUGGGAAGAAGCCUUCCAGAAGCGAAUCACAAACAUCCGGUCGCAGGAACUGGAGAGCCUUCGGAGUGCAUCACAUUACGGAAUUUUCACAUACUGUUCUUGGGUGCUGUUUCCCUUUUGCACUGGAUUAGCGGUGUUUGCGUCGUACGUGCUAGUGGACGACAACAAUAACCUGACACCGGGAAAUAUCUUCAUUGCAUUGUUGCUGAUCAACAUUCUCCGUGCGCCAGCCGGUCUUUUAGCCCCGGCGAUCUCGCAGUUGUUGCAGGUGUUAACAGCCGAAAAACGCGUGCGGAGAUUUCUUCUACUUAGUGAAACGGACGGCACAUAUGUUUCAUAUGUAUCAUCUACCAGUGAUACCGCACUGGAGAUUGUUUCUGGAAGUUUUUCCUGGGCGAAAAAUAACCCGUCAAUACUCCAUGACAUUCAUAUUAAAGUCCCAAAGGGCGCGUUGGUAGCAGUAAUCGGGCCGGUUGGCGCGGGAAAGUCUUCCUUAUGCGCCGCGAUGCUGGGAAUGAUGGAAAAGUCCUCGGGAAGUGUGUGCAUUGCGGAGUUCAUUGCGUAUAUACCGCAACAGGCGUGGAUACAGAACUUAUCCGUUCGGGACAAUAUUUUAUUCGGUCGUCCAAUGCAGCCGGAAUUGUAUCAGCGCGUUGUAGAGGGCUGCGCAUUAACGGCCGACCUUGCAAGUUUGCCCCUGGGCGACACAACAGAAAUCGGAGAACGGGGCGCUGAUCUCAGUGGUGGACAGCGGCAGCGAAUUAAUUUGGCCCGUGCGGCCUAUAGCGACGCGGAUGUGUACAUCAUUGAUGACGCUCUUAGCGCCGUGGACAGCAGCGUCGCGCGGGAUAUUUUCCACAACAUAAUUGGACCUAACGGCUUGCUCAAGGGAAAAACCCGAAUCUUCGUUACCCACGGAAUUGCCUUUUUGCCCCAAACCGACCUGAUCAUUGUCGUGGCCGGUGGCCGUGUCACGGAGGUACAGACCUUUGAAAAUCUGCAGAAGAACAGCAGUGGUUUGCUGCGUUUGUUGAGCACCGUCCGGAAGGAUGCCGACCAGGCGCAGGUUGAAGCGGUAGCUGCAAUGUCGUGGAGCGACUCAGGUGCCGUUACGAAAGCGGACAAGGCCUUUUUUCCUAGUUCUGCGGAGAUUGCCGAUGUCCACGUGGGCGGGUCGGGCGUCGAUAAAUCGCCAUCAAAAGACGAGUACACCCACACUGAUGUCGGCUGGGGCGUAUAUGUGACACUGGCUAAAUGCUUCACAUAUCCGGUUGUGCUGGGAAUUUUUCUCCUCUUCACUUUGUACACCGCGGGCGGAUUCGCCUCCAGUUUCUGGCUGACCACUUGGGCGGCAAAGAGCGCAACUAUGUCGGCGAAUUCCAGACUGUUCUAUUUGGGAAUUUACGGUAUUUUUGGAGUCGCACAAGCGUCAUUUCUGCUUGGGUUUGCACUGUGUCUUGCUCGUGGCCGAUUACGCGCCAGCCAAUCGCAGCACGAGUUGUUGCUGGAUCGGAUUUUGCACUGCCCAAUGUCAUUUUUCGACAACACUCCCAUUGGCCGCAUCCACACCCGCUUCAGUCGAGAUAUGGACACCGUCGAUCUGGCCAUACCGGCUAACAUCGAGUUCUACUUUUACAAUCUCUUCGCGAUUCUAGGGACAGUUUGCCUGAUCUGCAUCACCACUCCAUACUUAUCGGCAGUGUUUUUGCCGCUUAUGUUGAUUUAUUACUUUAUGCAGCGGUUGUAUGUAACCACAACUCGCCAGAUUAACCGAUUGGAGUCUUUGUCGCGAGCCCCGGUUCUAUCUCACAUGCAGGAAUCAAUGGCCGGCAUUGGUGUCAUCCGUGCUGCCGGACAAAUCGACCGAUUUAUUCACGAAAACGAAUCUUUAGUGGACAAAAAUAUGCAGGCUGUAUAUGUGGAAAUAAUAGUGUCGAGAUGGAUCGCGGUGCGGCUGGAGUUUUUGGGCAUCAUCGUGACCUUUUUAGUGGCACUCUUGGCGGUCGUCGGGAGGGAGCGUUCCUGGGGCAUGAGCGCUGUGGACGCCGGGUUGGCGCUGAGCUACUCCAUGACGGUGACCUUACUGAUAAAUUGGCUGUUGUGGGCGGCUGGGGAUCUGGAGAGUAAUGUGGUGUCGGUGGAAAGAAUAGAUCAGUAUAUGAAUGCUCCUCAAGAGGCUUCCUGGAAGAAUCCAAAAUUCAGUCCGCACGAGAACUGGCCUUCCGCUGGUGCAAUUAAUUUUUAUUCCUACAUGGCGGGAUAUCACGAGGGUGCGUCCGAACUGGUUCUGAAAGGUCUCACUGCAUCCGUCGUUGGUGGUGAAAAGGUUGGCAUCGUCGGACGAACGGGUGCUGGAAAAAGCUCACUAGCCCUGGCGUUAUUUCGCAUCAUCGAAGCCCAUGCCGGUCGGAUCGACAUUGACAACUUGAAUAUCGCCGAACUUGGUCUGCACGAUCUGCGAAGGCGGAUUACCAUUUUGCCGCAGGAACCGACCUUGUUCAGUGGUACUAUACGUUCCAGUCUGGAUCCUAUGGAGCAGUAUUCGGAUGACCAAAUUUGGGCAGCUCUAGAGCAAUGCAAUUUGAACAACUACGUCAUGGGUCUUCCCCAACGACUGGCACAUCGGGUUGCCAGUGGAGGACAGAAUUACAGCUUGGGCCAACGACAAUUAUUUUGCCUGGCCAGAGCAUUACUGCGACGAACAAAAAUUAUUAUACUGGAUGAGGCCACCGCCGCCGUCGACACGGACACCGAUUUCGUCAUCCAGCAAACCAUUCGCAACAGCUUUGCGGACUGUACUGUUUUGACCAUUGCGCACCGUCUGAACACGGUUCUCGACUGCAACAGGAUUAUGGUGCUGGAGAACGGCAAAAUAGCUGAAAUGGCGCCACCAGAAGUAUUAUUGAACAACAAGCGGAGUCUGUUUUAUAGUUUCGCUAAAGCCGCCAAUAUGGUGGAAUAGAGCUGUGUGAUCUGCAAACAUUUAAUUUUGCGUUUGCGCAAACUGCCCAGUGAUGUGUGUGCUGCCCUGUUUGUAGCCUGUGUUUGAAUGGUGACAAAUAAA